AUUGCCACCUAUUUAUACCCCCUCCCCCCACUUUCAUCAGCCACAAACACAAGCUGGCAUUGCUAGCAAUACAAGUGCAGCACCAACAUCGAUCUGUGCACACGCAAACAAAUAGAUAAACACCAACACAUCUCUGCAUUCCGAUCAUGGUGAGGUCACUCAAGCUGACGGAGAUCUCCAAGAAGUGGCACGGCGGCAGUGGCAGCAAGGUCACUUCCCCGAGCGCAGCGGCGUGCCCGCGGGGCCACUUCGCGGCCUACACCAGGGACGGUCGCCGGUUCUUCAUCCCCAUCGACUACCUCGGCAGCGACACCUUCCGGGAGCUCCUCAACAUGGCCGAAGAGGAGUUCGGUGCCCCGGGCGGCCGCCCCAUCGUGCUGCCGUGCUCCGCCGACCGCCUCGAGCAGAUCCUCGAUGCCAUCCGAGGCGCCAAGAAGAAGUGCGCCGGUGCCGGCAGGAUCAGCAAGAUCUGGUAGUAGCAUGCAUGGAUGCAUUGCAUCCUGCCGUCUGGUUGAUUGAUCGAUUGAUUAGUCUGUAAUAACUAGAUUCGAUUGAUUCCUUGGCGCUUAAAUGCUGAUUAAUCUAGGCAUUAUGAUGGAUGCCUUCAUUCUCUCUCUCUUUCUCUUUUUUUUUGCUGCCCUCCUAGCGAUGCGGAGGUGGAGCCGUGGAUGUACAUGUUUUCAGGAGAGCAGCUGAGGUUGCCAGUGUGGCCAACUUGCCAUGAUGUAACAUCUCCCUAGCUUUCCUUGCUAUUUUUUUCUCUUCUUUGAAUUCAUUUUCUUUCGUGACUAGUCUAGCUACUGUAUGUUGCUGAUAAGUAUUUUUGGAUAACUUGUUGUGACAAAUCAUGAAUUGUUUGAUGGUCGGUGUUAAGUACAUGUUGUAACAUCAGUUUGUGGCUGUAUAUUCUAAAUAAUUAAUCUCACGAUCAAAAAAAUU